CAACGCCAAGGGAGUGCGAGUGACUUACACACACACACACACACACACACACUCCCCCUCCCCUCCCUCUUCAUUCGGAUUGUGGCGGCUGAUGCGUGUGUGGGGACCCGGCUCUGAAUCGUGUGGAUUCUGCAGGAGCAGGACUCUGCUUUGGCGAUGGGGAGAAACCUGCCGUCCCAGGGCUUCCUUACUGGUAAAAUCCGACUGUCCUGCUGGGAGGAGGAACUUGGAAACCCUGCGGCCCCCGGGUUUAUUUGAGGUGAGGGGGGCUGGGAGACAGGAAUGGCAAAGAAUGUCUUCGGAGGUGGAAACAGAACCAGCUGCUGAAACAACUUCGAGCAGCCCAGGGGGAAGAACAGCAGCACCUGCAGAUGUUCGAGAGGAGCAACGCCCUGUCAAGCAGUCCUUGAGUGCCUCCAUGUGCAGAGAAUCCCACUGGAAAUGCCUCCUCCUUUCCAUCCUUAUGUAUGGCUGCGUGGGUGCUGUGGCCUGGUGUCAGCUAGCCCGAGUCACCAAGCUCAGCUUUGAUAGCUCCUUCAAAGGCAAGUCUAUGAUCUACCAUGAUAGCCCGUGCUCUGAUGGCUAUGUCUACAUCCCCCUAGCCUUCCUCACCAUAUUGUACAUGGCCUACCUGGUGGAAUGUUGGCACUGCCAUGCCAAAAGCAAACUCCAGUACAAGGCAGAUGUGGACAGCGUCUAUGACCGUAUCAACCGCAUGCAGCAAGCCACUCCCUGUAUCUGGUGGAAGGCCAUCUGCUACCACUUUGUGCGACGCACCCGGCAGGUGACCCAGUACCGCAAUGGUGAUGCUUAUACCACCACGCAGGUCUACCAUGAGCGGGUCAACACACAUGUGGCUGAAGCUGAGUUUGACUACUCUCACUGUGGAUUCAAGGACAUCUCCAAGGAGCUGCUAGGCCUAGAAUGCUACACAGCCACGAAGCUGAAGUUCACCAAGUGCUUCAGCUUUGCCAACACAGAGUCAGAGAACUCCUACCUGACCCAGAGGACUCACUUUUUCACAGAGAUUGAGGGGCUGGAUGACUACAUGGAGGUCAGGGAAGGCAUGCAGCUCAAAAACAUAGACUUCAAAGAGCUUAUGAUGGCCUAUGGGGACCCAGAACAUCUCCCAUGGUACGUGUCCCACUAUACUUUCUGGGUGGCAGCUGUCUUGAUGAUUUCCUGGCCACUGCGGGUGCUCAUAGAGUAUCGGACUGCGUACGUGCACUACCAUGUUGAGAAGCUCCUAGGCCUAGAGUACACAGUGCCUGGCAUAGCAGAGGAGCCCCUGUAUAGGUAUCGCAUGCCCCGGGAUCACACUCAGGACAGCACUGAACUGGAAUGGCACAUCUGUACCAACCGACAGCUGAUCCCCAGCUACUCGGAGGCCAUGCUCCUGGACCUGACACACUCCCCUGUGUACAACGGCUACUCCAUGUGUGGGUACAGUGAAAUAGCUCAUGGCUGUGAAUGCUGCAACCAGGCCUCCAGCAACUCCUCCAUCUUCUCCCGCUACGCCUUCCACAGUGGCAGCGGAAACUCACGCCUCUCCCUCAACACCAGCCGCUUCUCUUUGUGCCGGGUUCAUGGCUCCCACAGGACAGGCCUCGGGAGGAGCUGCAGCAGCAGCAUUGCGGACCGUGGCUGCCAGGAUGAACAAUGUUGCUCUUACUCUAGCCAGCUAGCCAUCAAUGAAAACCCACCCACCUACCAGGAUGCCCGCUUCUUCCCAGUGUUAAUUGUGCACAGGCCUGAAGGGCACGAGGGGAGGCGCUUCUACAUCCGGCGCUCAUCCUGCCUGGAGACGGCUCUGUGAUCAGGCCUUAUGGUUCUAUGGCUCCUCCCUCCCCAGGACAGCUCCAUUGCACUAGUGCUGUUUGACAGAGAUGCUAUCAGCAGGGAAACUGUUAACUUCAAGACUGUGCCAUCACACACUAGCUCCACAGGGCAAACUCUCCAAUUCUAAUUCCCCUCACUGCCAAUGCAAGAAAAUAUAUCCGCUCUGACAAGCAGCUACUCAUUUCUCUUCCUCACACUUUCCAUUACUUCCCCAUUACUGGGUGUCCCCUCUCUUUUUUCCUCUUUCCUCCCCUUCUUCCGCUCAUCAGUCACCCUUUUCCUUUCAUCCCCUGUUUCUGUCUCCUCUCUCAUUCCCAUCUCCAUCCUCCCCUCACAUUUCAGUCAUUAUACUUUGCACCACAACAUCAAUUUUCACCUGAGGAUCUCAAAGUGCUUUGCAAACACUGAUGCAUUUAGCCUCUCAAGUCUCUUUUAAGAAAGGAAACUGAGGCCCAGAGAGGUUAAGUGAUUCGCCCAAGAUCACACAACAAGUCAGUGGCAGAGCCAGAAGCAGAAUUCAAAUCUGCAGACUCCCAGUCACCUGCUAUUACCACCAGACCAGGCUUAUCUUUCCCUCCUCCUUCUCUCAUUUACUCCCUCCCUCUUUCACUGUCUCCUGUUCUUCUCUGUCCAUGCCUGUCUUUCUUUCGGCUGUUUCAGUUCUGCUCCCUAAGUUCUCAUCCUUCCUUCCCAGGGUCUUAGAGAGCUGGAUCUUGCCUAAUCAAAGUGUCUUCCUUGCUUUCUGGGUACAGCCAGGGCUGGCGCUUCCAUUAGGCGACC